AGAUGUUCUUGAGAUAGGAUUUUUAGUGUUUUAAAAUUUGCUUACACGCCGCCGUGCCGGCCUUGACUGGUCCUUCCAUUGACCACAAACCAUCAAUAUAAAACCCCCCCAUUUCAUUUUUUUGAAAAGUAAAUCCCCAAAUUGAAAACCCUUCUAACUAUGAUCCCAGUAAUGCCUUCCUCCACCACCACCGCCGCCGCAACAACGGCGGAUCACGGCGAAGGGACGGCCAUCACCGCCCUCCACCCGGAGAUAAUUCGAACCCACUUAUUAACCAGACUCGACGGCCCGACUCUCGCCUCUGCCGGCGCCGCCUUUACAGAACUUCACACCCUCUGUUCCGAAGAUAAUCUCUGGCGCCGGCUCUGCCACUCCUCUUGGCCGUCGACCGCCGACCCGAUCGUCCGCCAUGCCAUCUCCGCCUUCCCUUCCGGCCACCGCUCUUUCUUUUCCGACUCUUUCCCCACCAUCCAUCGCCGCAGAGACCAUCUCCCCUGCCACCGUCCACCGGCGACAGAGCUCAUAUCCGCCGUGGACAUAUUCCACGGCGAAAAAUCGAUAUACUCAAAGGCCAUAGUCUCCGAAACCGUGUCCAAUUGGUUCUCGUCGUCCCCUUUCAGAGUUGAGCUUCUCAACACAAAAGGGACGCCGGCGAGAUUUUUCCCCUGUCCGGCCGGGCAAGAAGAACUCGAAGAACAACUGGCCCUGAGCUGGAUUCUGAUCGACCCGUCGGGGAAACGCUCCGUCAACGUAUCCAGCCUGAAACCCGUCGGAUUCCGGCAAAACUGCUUCACCGGAAACAUCGAGAUAAGGUUCGCCACGGUCUUGGAGGGCGGCGGCGGGGAGUGGGUGCAGUUCAGCGUGGUGGUCACGUGCGAGGGGAAGGAGGGAGGGGAGGCGCACGUGCGGGAGGCGAGCAUGCAGGUGGAGGACAUGGAGGGGAAGAGCGUGAAGGGGAAGGAGAGUUUGGUAAUUAUACAAGAAGCCAUGGGAAUGGAGAGGAGGAAGAGGAAAGAGGGAGAGGAGAAAGAAAGGUAUGAGGAAUUCGAAAGGCGUAAGAGAGAACGGAAGGAGAUUAAGGAGAGAAGGGAGAAGAGGUUGGAUUUGGCGUGCAUAGCUGCUGGACUUUUCACUUUGAUUGUGUUUCUUACCUUAGUUUUGUUUGGGUCCGGAAGGGUAGUUUGGUAAAUGGUACGAGUAUUUUUUUUUUAAAAGUUACUUGAAAGGAUGAAUGUAAGGAGGGUUCAAAGUAGACAAGUUACAAAUUAG